AGUCGGGAACUAGAAUAAAUUGCCCUCGAGCUGCCCUCUUCCACCACUUCCAGUCCUCUCCGUCCCCCCUCUCACCUACCCCUCGUUCCUCUCACACACUGCACACAGUUGUCAUUCGACAUGACGACACUUGCAAUUGACCAGAACGCCUCGUCGGCCAUUGACGAGAAUGACUUUGACGAGGACCAUGGCGAGCACCACCCCCACAGGAACUCGGUCCACCACAAGUUGCGAGCGAGCAGCUCCAUCAUGCAGCUGAAGAAGCUCCUGGUGGCCAACCGAGGAGAAAUCCCCAUCCGUAUCUUCCGUACAGCCCACGAGCUGUCCCUGCACACAGUGGCAGUCUACAGUCAUGAGGACCGUCUCAGCAUGCACCGACAGAAGGCUGAUGAGGCGUACGAGAUUGGUGCGCGCGGCCAGUACACGCCCGUUGGUGCUUACCUUGCGGGUGACGAAAUCAUCAAGAUCGCCGUCGAGCACAAUGUGAACAUGAUUCACCCGGGCUACGGCUUCUUGUCCGAGAAUGCAGAGUUCGCCCGGAACGUGGAAAAGGCUGGUCUCAUUUUUGUAGGCCCUUCCCCUGACACCAUCGAUGCCCUUGGCGACAAAGUCUCUGCCCGAAAGCUUGCUGUCAAGUGCAACGUCCCGGUAGUGCCUGGUACUCCCGGCCCUGUCGAGAAGUUUGAAGAUGUCAAGGCAUUCACGGACGAAUUUGGCUUUCCCAUCAUCAUCAAGGCCGCUUUCGGUGGUGGUGGCCGUGGCAUGCGUGUAGUCCGCGAACAAUCCUCGCUCAAAGACUCGUUCGAGCGCGCAACAUCAGAGGCGAAGUCGGCUUUCGGUAACGGAACCGUCUUCGUCGAGCGCUUCCUCGACAAGCCUAAGCAUAUUGAAGUCCAGCUUCUCGGUGACAACCAGGGCAACGUUGUCCAUCUGUACGAGCGUGACUGCAGUGUCCAGCGCCGUCACCAAAAGGUUGUCGAGAUUGCCCCGGCCAAGGAUCUACCGGUCGAGACCCGCGAUGCCAUUCUUGCCGACGCUGUCAGGCUGGCCCAGAGCGUCAAGUACAGGAAUGCCGGAACCGCUGAGUUCCUGGUUGACCAACAGAACCGAUACUACUUCAUCGAGAUCAACCCCCGUAUCCAGGUCGAGCACACCAUCACCGAGGAAGUUACGGGAAUCGACAUCGUCGCUGCACAGAUCCAGAUCGCUGCAGGCGCAUCCCUUGAGCAGCUCGGCCUGACUCAAGAUCAUAUCUCUACCCGAGGCUUCGCCUUCCAGUGCCGUAUUACCACAGAAGACCCGGCCCAGAGCUUUGCCCCCGACACCGGAAAGAUUGAGGUAUACCGCUCAGCUGGUGGUAACGGCGUUCGUCUUGAUGGUGGUAACGGUUUUGCGGGAGCCAUCAUCACUCCUCACUACGAUUCUAUGUUGGUCAAGUGCUCCUGCCGUGGCUCUACGUACGAGAUUGUCAGAAGGAAGAUGCUACGUGCUCUAGUGGAGUUCCGCAUCCGUGGUGUCAAGACCAACAUUCCCUUCCUGAUCAAGCUCCUCACGCACCCUACGUUUGUCGACGGACAAUGCUGGACAACAUUCAUCGACGACACACCCGCGCUCUUCGACUUGAUCGGCUCCCAGAACCGUGCCCAGAAGCUCCUCGCAUACCUCGGUGACCUCGCUGUCAAUGGCAGCCAGAUCAAGGGCCAAAUCGGCGAGCCCAAGUUUAAGGGUGUCAUUCCCAUUCCAGCCAUUCACAACCAGAGUGGCGAGAAGGUUGACACUUCCGCACCCUGCACUGAGGGUUGGAGAAACAUCAUUCUCAAGGAAGGUCCGGAGGGAUUCGCAAAGGCCGUCCGCGCCAACAAGGGAUGUCUUAUCAUGGACACAACCUGGCGUGAUGCCCACCAGUCUCUUCUUGCAACCCGUGUCCGAACCGUCGAUCUGCUCAACAUUGCCAAGGAGACUAGCCAUGCUUUAUCUAAUGCCUGGGCUCUUGAGUGCUGGGGUGGCGCCACCUUCGACGUCGCUAUGCGGUUUUUGUACGAGGACCCCUGGGAUCGUCUGAGGAAGAUGAGGAAGCUUGUACCCAACAUCCCGUUCCAGAUGCUUCUUCGUGGAGCCAACGGCGUUGCAUACUCGUCCCUGCCUGACAACGCCAUCUUUCACUUUUGCGAGCAGGCGAAGAAGAACGGUGUUGAUAUCUUCCGUGUUUUCGAUGCUCUAAACGACGUCGAACAACUUGAGGUUGGUAUCAAAGCCGUUCUCAAGGCGGGUGGUGUUGCCGAAGGCACUGUGUGUUACUCUGGUGAUAUGCUCAAUCCUAAGAAGAAGUAUAACCUAGACUACUACCUCAACGUCGUCGACAAGAUUGUCAAGAUGGGCGCGCACGUGUUAGGUGUAAAGGACAUGGCUGGUGUUCUCAAGCCGCGCGCUGCCCGUCUUUUGAUUGGGGCUAUUCGCAAGAAGUACCCCGACCUACCAAUUCAUGUUCACACCCACGACUCUGCCGGUACCGGUGUAGCCUCCAUGGUCGCCUGCGCCGAAGCAGGCGCUGAUGCUGUCGAUGCCGCAAUCGACAGCAUGUCUGGAAUGACCUCACAACCUAGCAUGGGUGCCAUUCUGUCGUCGUUGGAGGGAACCGACUUCGAUGCUGGUCUGGAUGUUCACAUGAUCCGCAAUCUGGAUGCCUACUGGGCACAGCUUCGUCUGUUGUACUCGCCCUUUGAAGCUGGUCUUACUGGCCCUGACCCCGAAGUGUACGAACACGAAAUCCCCGGAGGUCAACUGACCAACCUCAUCUUCCAGGCUUCACAGCAAGGUCUUGGUGAGCAGUGGGCACAGACCAAGAAGGCGUACGAACAGGCAAAUGACUUGCUCGGUGAUAUCGUCAAGGUCACUCCGACUUCUAAGGUUGUUGGUGACCUGGCCCAGUUUAUGGUAUCCAACAAACUUUCGUACGACGACGUCCUAGCCAAGGCUGAACAGCUUGACUUCCCAUCGUCAGUGUUGGAGUUCUUCGAGGGCCUCAUGGGUCAGCCAUACGGCGGAUUCCCAGAGCCUCUUCGUUCCCAAGCUCUCCGUGAGCGAAGGAAGAUGGACAAGCGUCCUGGUCUCUAUCUCGAACCAGUGGACAUUGUCAAGGUCAAGGCGGAUCUCAAAGCCAAGUGGGGCGAUGCUACAGAGUGCGAUGUGGCAUCAUACAUCAUGUAUCCCAAGGUGUUUGAGGAUUACAAGAAGUGGACGACCAAGUACGGCGACCUUUCUGUGCUACCAACUCGGUACUUCUUGUCGCGGCCUGAGAUUGGUGAGGAGUUCCAUGUGGAGCUAGAGAAGGGCAAGGUUCUUAUUCUUAAGCUCCUCGCCGUCGGACCUCUCUCAGAGCAGACGGGUCUACGUGAGGUCUUCUACGAGAUGAACGGUGAGACCCGUACCGUCACAGUUGAGGAUCAACACGCAGCCAUUGAAAACGUUUCCCGACCCAAGGCCGAUCCUACCGACAGCAGCCAGGUUGGAUCGCCCAUGUCCGGUGUGUUGGUCGAGGUGCGUGUCCACGACGGAAGUGAGGUUAAGAAGGGCGACCCAGUUGCUAUUCUCAGUGCCAUGAAGAUGGAGAUGGUUAUUUCGGCGCCACACUCUGGCAAGGUCAGUGGACUUUCAGUGCGCGAAGGAGACUCGGUCGACUCUGGUGACCUCGUCUGCAAGCUUGUCAAGUGAGGUUGGGGGCAGCAAGCUUUGUCUGAUUAAUGAGAUUGAAGAAUGUAAACAAUUAGAUACAUGUUACGAGUAACGGCGUCAGAAUAUUAGAGUCUCUUACAA